AUGCAUAUUCUAGUUGUCAACGAUGACGGGCCGCCGUCGCGGGAUGGAUCCCCGUUUGUCCACUCCUUGGUCAAUGAACUCAAAGCCCAGGGACACUUUGUCACUGUUGUCUUGCCAAACCGGCAACGCUCUUGGAUCGGGAAAGCACAUUUUGUAGGGGAGAUCGUCCGCCCGACGUAUUACUACCCUGACAGGCUGUUCCAAUCCAAUGAUCCCCUCCCGCUGGAUCACAGUAGCAACGAGGGAAACCAUCAUGAACACCCCUGGGUGUUAGUCAAUUCAACACCCGCUGGUUGUGUGCAGAUCGGCUUGUAUCACAGCCAUGCUCUUCACAGACAUGAUCAGGGGGAGGAGAGACCUAAUCCAGUGGAUCUGGUAAUAUCGGGCCCAAACCUCGGAGCGAAUACAACGACUCUUUUCUCGCUCUCGAGCGGUACAAUCGGCGGGGCUCUGGAGGCUGCGUUAUGCGGGAAGAGGUCUAUCGCCUUAUCCUUCGAGCCACCGAGCAAGCUCCCCUCUUACGAUUCGGAUAUGAUUACAGAGGCGUCGAGGCAUUCGGUUCGCCUUAUCAAUUAUCUAUAUCACAACUGGGACGAAGGUGUGGAGCUGUACUCCAUCAAUGUCCCUCUGCAGCCUGCCACAACUGCUGCGGGAGAGAGGAAAGUCAUGUAUUCUCGGAUCCGGCCCAAUCGGUGGCUAUCGGAGAGCCCGUUCCGGGAGGUUUCAUCCGGGGAUACAACUACUGCGCUGGAUGACAAUGACAAGAUCCAAUCUCCUCCGCUGCUGCGAUGGGAGCCGGAUUUGGCUGAUAUUCAUGGAAGCACGGACCGCACAUCGGAUAUGGAUGAUGACUGGAUGGUGCGUGGUGGGAAAACCAGGUAG